ACUCGACUUCGCCGCCUCCUCGUCGUCAAAGCCGUCCCUCGCCGGCUCCGCCGCCAAGCCACUAGGCCGGCCGCGGCGGCGCCGGCGGGCAGACAGCGGUUCGUCCACAACUAGCGAACUCUCCCGGUAGCCUGAUACCGCUCGGAGAUUUGAACCCCCCUGACGCCCCCGUCCCGAGGGGCGAGUGCCCGUCUCGCUAUGGCCGCCGCGGGGCGCGCGUGGGACCCGACCGUCUCGCUGCGGCUGGGCCACCCUGCGCUGGUCCUCCUCGAGCGCUGCCGCGGGGCGGCGCCGUUCCGGGCCAUCCUCGCCCACCUGCUCCGCCUCGGCCUCGCCUUCGAGACGUUCCCCAUGAGCCGGCUGCUCCACUUCGCCACCGCCGUCUCCUCCCCGCGCCUCGCGCGCGAGGCCGAGCUCCUCUUCCGCCACUUCACGCCCCGCCCCAACCUCUACAUCUACAACCUCAUGCUCUCCGCGGCGGCGGAGGCGCGCGGCUCCUCCUCCUCCCCCUCCUCGCCGCGCCGGGCGGCGGCUUUCUACAGGUCCAUGCUCGUGUCGGCUGUCCACCCCGACGAGCGGACCUUCCUCGCGCUGCUGAGGUCGGUGGAGCGCCUGCCAGCGGUGAGGCAGGUGCACGCCCAUGUCGUUACGAGUGGCUUGCACUCGCGCGUGUACCUGCAGAACUCGCUGAUCAAGAUGUACCUCGACGCCGGCGAUGUGGAGACGGCCGAGCUGAUGUUCUGUUCAACACCAGUGCCGGACUCGGCGUCCUGCAACAUCAUGCUGUCUGGGUAUGUGAAUCAAGGGUGCACCGAGAAGGCUCUGCGUUUUUUCCGUGACACGGCGUCGAGGACCAUGGAUGUGGAUCAGUAUACAGCUGUUGCUCUGCUCACUUGCUGCGGGCGCCCGAAGAAUGCACUUCUCGGGAGGUCUGUUCAUGGCGUUGUCAUGCGGAGGAUGGAUCCAGGAGAUUGGCGAUUGAUUCUGAUGAAUGCUCUUUUGGAUAUGUAUGCAAAAUGUGGGGAAAUGGAUGCAGCUAUGAGAGUCUUUGGUGAAGCUGACGAGAAGGAUGUCAUUUCGUGGAAUACAAUGGUUGCAGGGUUUGUGAAUGCUGGCAAGUUGGACCUUGCCAGCAAAUAUUUCUUUGAGGCGCCUUCUAGAGAUCUAAUAUCUUGGAACGCGCUUCUGGCUGGAUUCAUGAGACACAAAGAUUUCAGUGCAAUGAUAGAACUAUUUAGUGAUAUGCUUGCCAGUCGAGUAAUUCCUGAUAAAGUGACUGCUGUUACCUUGAUCUCUGCAUCCACAAGUAAUGGAUCGUCGAAUUAUGGAAGGAGCAUCCACGGUUGGGUGGUGAAAGGAUUUGGGCUCCAGGAUGCAUUCUUGGCAUCUGCUCUUGUAGACAUGUAUUGCAAAUGUGGAAAUGUGAGGGGAGCUUAUUCUGUGUUUGAGAAGGCUUUGGACAAAGAUGUUACCUUGUGGACAGCUAUGAUCUCUGGCCUUGCAUUCAACGGCCAUGGAACUGAAGCAUUGGAUCUAUUUUGGAAGAUGCAAGCUGAGGUUGUAGUGCCUAAUGGUGUCACGUUGCUUGCUGUUCUCAGUGCAUGUAGUCAUGCUGGCUUGCUGGAUGAAGGAUGCAUGAUUUUUAAUGCUAUGAAGCAAAGAUACAAUAUUGAACCAGGAAUAGAACAUUUUGGGUGUAUGGUUGAUCUCCUUGCACGAUCAGGUAGGCUGACUGAUGCUUUAGCUUUGGCUAGGAGGAUGCCAAUGAGGCCAAGUCGGUCAAUAUGGGGCUCCAUUUUAAAUGCGAGUUUAGCUUGUCAAAAUGCUGAAGUUGCAGAGAUUGCUUCAAAAGAACUUCUUCAUCUUGACCCGGCAGAACAAGGUGGAUAUGUCUUGCUUUCGAACUUAUAUGCGGCUGGAGGUCAUUGGGACCACAGUGACAAAGUGAGGCAGAACAUGGAAAGAAAAGGAGUGAGAAAAUCAGCAGGUGCUAGUAAUUUUGGAUGUUGAUGCUGUUGCUUCAGAUGUUAGGGUUUAUUACUUUUGCUUUUACCCAGGAGUUGAUGUGGAAAACUUGGUGCAGUAUGCUCUACUUUUAUUGAGAAGAAAUGAACUUCUGUUAGCUAUACUAUUUCAUUUUCAUGAUGUGAACUUGAAUUGAUUGUUGACCUGAUGUGAUCAUUAUGACUGACCAUAGAACCAAGCCAUUCCGGCAAUGCAAUGAUCUGGCAACUACGAUCACAUUUUAUAAUCUAACUUGUUGCAGGUGAAUAUGCUGUUGUCAGCAUUGGCCGCUCAUUCAGACAUGGUGCCAUUUGGACGUGCACACUGGAUGAUCAGUAAAUUUUGGGAGAUGACACAAUUGAGUACAAAUGCCCUUAACAAUGCACCAGAGAAGGGCAUGUCAAGUCUUAUUUUUUUGGAGGUACAUAAAACAUGCUAGAGCCCGGAUUGGAGAAGUGGUGAAAUAUGAAAGUGCUUUGCAGUUGUUAUAGUGGCAGAUUCAGGGAGAUGGCCCUCUAGUGCUCUAGAAAGCUAGCAGUUAAAAUUCCCUGCUCCCAAUUUUAUGAACAAUAAUACCUCAUGCCACAUGAUGAAGGCAGGAGAGAAAGGAGUUUGCCAAGGCCUGAUACAAUUUGAGGAUUUCGAGCUGCCAUUAUGUUGACAUUGACCAAUAAAUCAGCCUCGUCAGAUUGACGUGCCUGAGCUUGCCGCAGGACUGUCAAUGGCACUGGUUGUAACUUACAAGCAUAUAAGUGGUCAGCUUGUCGAUCCGAUUCAUAGCCAAGAAGGCAGGAUAUCAAACAUACAAGCAGAUAAGUUUUAGAGUCAUAGGGUGGAAGACAACCCAGCCAUACUUAGAAAGCAGGACCGUUUAAAGCAGUCACAGCACAAGGUUCUCAGAUUUUAAGUUUCUCAAGUUCUGGCGCCCUCGCAGGGGUCACUCAGAAGCGGCAUACAGAAAAUGCCAGGGGCAUUCCCCUUUUCAGCAGAAAACCGACCCAAAAGACGCCAGAACUGCAGCAGCUUCAACGAGUUUUCAGGCUUCCAACAUCCUGUUGCUGAUCUCCCCCCCAACAGGCUUGCAAGGUGAGUGGAGCCUGCGCACAGUUGCCGUUGUAGGUCAUCAGGAAGGUCACCAGCUCUUUUUGCACAUCGCCGGCUGUACUGCUAAUCUUCCAAGUUGUUUUGCCAAGUGUUUCAACUUUUCUAUCAUUAGCUCGAGCUCUGGCAACUUCCCUUCCGGACAGAGGAUUUUCCAGUUGUGCGCCAAGCUCGCUAUGGUAUGCAACACACUCUGAACAUCUUUCCAUCUGCCAUUCUGAAAACAGAGGGAAUUUCUUAGCUUCCAGAGCCCCCACAGGGCAGCAGAAGGAAUAAUGUUAAUAGUAGCAUUUCUUUUAUUGCUAAGCCAGAAUUGAUCAAUGGAAACAAAGUCAAAACCACAACUAGAGCCAACUACUUCAGAGAUGUUGCACCAAAUUUGAGAAGCUACCACACAGGUGAAAAAGAGAUGUUGAUGAGUUUCUUCCUCAGAGCAGAACAGACAACUUUUUCUUCUAAAUGUUUUCUUUUACCUACAUUAUCUCUGGUCAUAAUUUUGUUUUGUGACACAAGCAGAUAAGUGGUCAGCUAAGUUAUCGACAUCUUAAUGAAACACGCGUCCAGGCGCGUUCUCUAAAAAAAAAGUUAUCGACAUCUUAGAUGGUGGAUACGAUGUCUGGUUGAUCCAACCUCUGGACUCUGGAGGAAGUUCAUGAGCUCACUAAAUUUCUGCAUUCCUCUGGAGAAAAGGUCUUCCUCCAGUCCUUGUUCGCCACCCCUGAGGGGUAGUUUGGUAACUGCCCAAAACACCCAGGAAAUCCCCGCCUACAGGCUACAGCUCCAUCUUCCCGCGAGGUCCUCGCGAAAUCCUCCUGGUUCCCGCCCUUCCAGGCCCGCGGGGCGCGGGCACUCGGGCGGCAUUUCGAAAUCUUCGUCGCUGUCGCAGGAGUAACCACGCGAGUCCUGCCCACGAUCUGAGCUUUUCGAUCUUUACAAAUAACGCCUUGUUCUUUUCUCAAAUCGCACACGUAGCUACGGUUCCGAAUCGAACCGAACAAAAUAAACCGUGCUGAAAAUAUCUGCGUAUCUCGAGGGGCUAGUUACAAUGUUUCUCUAUAAGAACCCCCGACACCCAAGCGGCAGUGCCCCAGCG